GUUUACCAGCACUAUGCGAGUCGGCUUCCUGGUGAAUGCCAAACAAACCGAUUUCAAUUGACCGAACGAUUUCAAGCCGCUAAAAUGGCAAACGUGCGCUGUUUACACAAGUUAAUCCGCCUGCAAAAGCUCCUGCUGCCGUUCAAUGCGCAAAGCUCCCGCUUGACUCCAUUGCAGCCAAGACCCUUGACUUUCUUACUGGCACGAAGCUAUGCCAAGGAUGAAAAGACAACUAACCUAGACGACUUUAGGGCCCGCGAGGAGCAGCGUGAAAGAGAGCGCGAUGCAGCCGAUGAGGCUGCUGCAAAAGCCACACAGAAGCAGGCUGGCGGAAGUGGUGGGCUAGGAUCAACAGGAUCAGAAUCAAGUGGCCAACAUGACGACGCCAAGCAGGCCAAGGUAGAUGCUAUAAGAACGAAGAUUCUGGACGCUGCUCUGCAACAUGUGCCGCAGCAGGGUUGGACCCGACAGGCUAUAGUCCUUGGCGCCGAGGAGAGUGGCUAUCCCAGCGUGGUUCACGGCAUGUUCCCCGAGGGUGGCUUUGCCCUGGUCUCCCACUUUAACGGCAAAUGCAACGCUCAGCUGGUGGAGAGCCUGCAGCAAAAGACAGAUGGUGGCAGGCAGGAGGUGGAGGAUCCCCUGGACUUCCUGGUGCAAGCGGUGCGCCAGCGCUUGGAAAUGGUCACUCCGUAUAAGACGCAUUGGCCUCAGGCAAUGGCUUUGAUAGCCCAACCUCAACAUGCUCCCACAGCUCUGGCCCAGGUGCUCACCCUGGUGGAUGACAUUUGCUACUACUCCGGCGAUAGAUCUGUGGAUUUCGGCUGGUACACGAGACGUGUGGGUCUGGCGACCAUCAUGAAGAUGACUGAGCUGUACUUCCUGCAAGACACCUCCCCAGGGCAUGCUCAGACUUGGGAGUUCCUCAAGAACCGCAUGGACGAGGCCGUGCAGCUCCAAAUGAUGCUAUCACAGACGGAGGGCAUGACGCACACGUUUCAACGUUCCUUCAACUCGGCGUUCAUAACGGCGCGUAAUAUUUUGGGUCUGGGGUACAAUCGUAAUUAGCACGGAGUUAAGCCGACCCUAUGACCCCGUGACCCGAAGCCUCGAGUGCCGCUUGCAGUCCAAAGAUAAAUAAUUCUAGUGGGAACGCUGCUGCUCCCACCUAAAGAUCUACACUUAUGUUUACCUUAAAUCCAUAUGUAUAUAUGUGCAUAUAAUUACACCCUUAUACAACCCA